AUGGACUACUUCAAAAAGGCAAUAUGGGGUCCCGAUCCCAAAGAACAACAGCGCAAAAUUCGUCAAAUGGUUAGGAGAAAUGGCAGAUCUUUGGAUAAAUCUCUGAGAGAGCUCAGUGCGCUACAAAACAAAACUCAAGGGCUCAUCAAACGCUCUGCCAAACAAAACGACACUAGAUCUGUACGAAUAUAUGCCAAAGAGCUAUAUCAGAUCAAUAAACAAUAUCAAAGGAUGUAUAUAUCUAAAGCACAGUUGCAAUCUGUUGGAAUGAAAAUAGAGGAAGCUUUCAGAAUGCAAAGCCUUCAAGAAAAUAUGGCCUCGUCUGCGAUACUGAUGCGCGAAGUCAACAGCUUGGUAAGACUUCCUUACUUGCAACACACCAUGAUGGAAUUGGAGAAAGAGUUGGUGAAAAGCGGUUUAAUUAGUGAAAUGAUUGACGACACUAUGGAGAUGACAGAGGAUGAAGAAAUGGAAGAUGAAAUAGAGGAAGAAGUCAGCAAGAUCGUCGAGCAAUACACCUCGAAUAGACUGGAUAAAGUCAAUGAUAUACCUACCGCAGAAUUGCCAUCGAAACAGGAAGCUGAACAAAUCGUGCCUGAGGAUAAGAUUGAUGAUGAAGCAGAUGUUAUGCUAAAUGAGAUGCGAGAGAGGCUUAAAGCCUUACAAAACUGA